CUCCGGGUCAGAUCAAAUCGGAGAAAGUGAAAAGAAUCAGAGUAUUGUUGUUUGUUUGAAGGUUUGGGGAUCGAGAAAAGAAAAAAAUGGAGGUUCCAGGUUCAUCGAAGAAGAUGAUCGCAACGCAGGAAGAGAUGUCUGCAGCUAAAAUACCGCUGGGUUCAAGAGAUCAGUGCGCUCAUCUGUUGAUUCCUCUCAACAAGUGUCGUCAGGCUGAGUUUUUCCUCCCGUGGAAAUGCGAAGACGAGCGUCACGUUUACGAGAAGUGCGAGUACGAGCUUGUCAUGGAGAGGAUGCUCGCGAUGAAGAAGAUCCGUGAGGAAGAAGCUUUGGCUAAAAAGAAUAAAGUACAAGGGAGCGGUGUCCCUCUUCUCCCUAAAACUGCUAAUGCUUAGCCCCUCGAUUCGAUUCGAUUCCUUCUCCGAUUUGCCGAUUCCAGAUUUCAGGGAUUCUCUGGAACUGUGAAGAAGUUGGGGCUCUGCUUUUUCAAUCUUUUUCUUCUUGUUAGUGAUGAAAAAAAAUUGUUGCUACAUUUUCAGAUGUGAAUGUUCAAGAUUCUCUUAUCUUCUUUUUUGUUUUUUCUCUCUUGUUAACUCUGGUGAGGGGUUUCCCCAAAAAAAAUAAGAUGCAAAACUCAUCUUUUUGUUUGGUUUUCCAAACUUUAAUCUUUGAUAAUGAAGAAAACUUAUGAGA